UUUACUGAACUAGAUUAAACUAAAAUGAAUACUCUGAAAUUAUAAUCGAAACUGAAGAGAACAUCCCUAAACUAGUCCGCAAACCGCACAGAUAAGUACGAGGAGGCGAGGAGCUAACAAACAGAAACAGCAGAACAAUAGUAGAAACCAAAAAAAUGGAACCAAAGCAAACAACAAUACCCAAAGCUCGCAAGAAGCAGCCAUGGCAGAACAACCCCAACAUCAUCACCCUCUUCUCCAUAACUCUAGCUUCCCUCAAAACCCCAUUAAACCCUUUAUCCAAACCCUUAAUCCUCAAUUCCUCAAACAAACUCCUCCGUUUUCUACACCCCAAUUCACCCUUUACCUCAAAUUCACCCCUUCUCAAUCCAAUUCUCUCUCUUCUACCUCUCAUGCUCCACUCAAGUGACGAAGAAAUCAUACGCACGGCCGUGAAGAUUGUUGGGGCGGUAUCACUUGUUUCGAUUGAGGCCAAUGAGAGGGUUGCUGGGGAUUCAGGGAUUGUAAAGGGUUUGGUGUUGAAUAUUUUGAGGUUUGAAAUGAUGGAAACUAAGAAACUUGUUUGUAAUGCGAUUUUGGAUCUUUCUAUCACUUCUUUGGGGUGUCAAAGAUUGUUGGAUGUUUCUGGUUUGAAUUAUAUUAUGCUUGGGUUCCUUCAGGUUCAAAAAUCCCUGGUGUCUUCCCUGUAUAUAAAUCUCGUCGAAAACGAGGGUAAUUUUUUCCUAGGAGUUAAACAUAAACAAGAAAAAAUUCCAUUGCUACUACUCAAUGCUGCUGCUACUCUUAUCAACUUCUGCCACCCCGAACAGCUCAAAAGCAUUCCAAGGAAGCUAAAAGAAGCAACUUUUCCUUAUUUGGGAGAAAUAUGGUCUAAAGUACGUGCAAAAUUGCUAGCUUCUGAAAUUCUGAAUGUCUCUAAAGUAAAAUGCUGCUACAAGAGCAACCUUACAGCUAAGAGCUUGGCAGAAAGCAUUUUUAGGCUGUCAAUGGAUGCCCUUUCUGUUAUAAACUCCAUGCCUUCAGAAGUUGUCAUGGGACACAUAUUUGGGCCUUCGUCAACGAGUUUUACAAACUUCAUGUUGGAGCACUGGGAAUCAUCACCUUUUCUGAUUAGGAAUCAACCAAAAUAUCCGGAGGCACCACAUGCCAUUUUCAGCUCAUUUAUGCAUUCACUUACAUCUGAAGAAGAAUUGCCUAAAUGUCUUUCUUCUAUCCUACGAGGAAUGGUUUCCUGUCCUCCUGUAGCUUUAAACGAAAUAGACUGCUUGAGUUUACUUAAUGAUGUAAGGGACACACUUGGUUCCCCAAUAAUAUAUCAGCAGGACAUACGUGUGGUAAAGACUAGCAUGCAUUCUAAACUUGAGGAGCAUUACUUUCAGGAAUAUUUAAGAAAUGGCAUUGAAGGUCCCAGGGCUUUCUCUGCAGAGGACAUCUUAAAGUGUGAGGGAGCAUACAGGAAGGGUUAUACUACAGCUGUACGUGGUAUGGAGUUCCGCAAUAGUGAUAUUGCUGCAGUCACACGAGAAAUUGCUUCUAUGUUUGGUCAACCAUCAGUAGGUGCUAAUUUAUAUGUUACACCACCUAAUUCUCAAGGUUUAUCCUGCCAUUAUGAUGAUCAUUGUGUCUUUGUCUGUCAACUUUAUGGAGUUAAGCAGUGGACAGUCUAUCCAAAACCAAUUAUCGAAUUACCUCGACUAUAUGAGUGUCUUGAGGUUCCUCAGGAGUUACUGGUGCAAAGCAGACAAAUUUUGCUUGAUGAAGGUGAUGUCCUUUAUCUUCCAAGGGGUUUUGCUCAUGAAGCAUGUACAGUUGCAGAUCUCGGUGAAAGCAGCAAGGUUUAUGAGUCCUCUGUACAUCUUACUCUUGCGAUUGAGGUUGAGCCUCCUUUUGAGUGGGAAGGAUUUGCCCAUAUUGCACUUUAUCUGUGGAGCCGAAAAACAGGGUCUGAUACUUUUGCUCAUGAUACUUCUGGCAUGCUAUCUAUUUCUGUGUAUAUCUUGCAUAUCGCAAUGAGGCUUCUUAGCAGUACUGAGCCCAUAUUUCGAAAAGCUUGUUUGGCUGCUGCUAGUUCUUUGCCUAUCGACACUAUAGAAUGGCAUGAAAAGAACCAGAGAGCCACUUUCAAAUUAGCAAGUGAUAAAAUCAAUGAGCUAUGCAGCUUCACAGAUUCUCUCGAAUAUCUGCAAAAGGCAGUUGAAAGAGAUGAUGAUCCUUUUCAUUGGCUUAGAUGGCUUGAGCUUCUCAAUGGGAGAGACGUAUAUGUUCAGAAUUUUUGUAACUUUAAUUCAGAUCGAGUUUGUAACAUUUUAUCAUUUAUUAAUCAACACAAGGAUGAUGCUGAAGCUGCAUUUGCCCAUGUUAAGUCAAACUUUUGUAGUGAAGAUCUCUUUGACGAUGCAAAAGAGAGCUUUAAGACUUUGCAUGCCUUGUACAAGGAGGCCCGGAUGCGAUAUAUGAAUGGAAUGCUUUCCUUACAUCAUUAAUUAACCAUAUUACUUAACAAACCAUUUUUUUUUUCGAAUUUUGGUUUCACCACUACCUGUUAGACUGAUGUGUAUCUCUAUUUAUGAUUACUAUCUUCUCUAAAAGCUCUGAUCAACAAAGCUUUAUUCUGAUUUUGGUAACUUACCCUUUUCAAUAUAAACUUGGCUAUGAGCACUGAUAUUUUGCAGAAGGAUUCAUUUU